AGAGCAUUCAAAGCAUUGUUGGGAGCAGGUUUUAAGUUUAUCGUAGCGCAGUUGGGAAAGAGCUUGGAGACAUUCUUAGUAACGAUCUAGACAUAACAAAUCAGACCGUCUCCAGGCUCACAGAUCAAAGCAAUCGUUUGGCACGGAAAAUAUAAGCGUAGAAUGAAAAGGAUUCGACAUGUUGCGAAAGCUACUUCGCCGUAUAUUUUGUCCGUGUUCGCGAAAACCAUCAAAGGAAAGUGAAGAGCACGAAACACCGGAAAAGGCGACCGUUGAAGUGCUCGUUGUAGAAACACCAUGGAUUGAUGGAAAGAAACGACCAGUUUCAAGAAAUAUCGACAUACCGUCACCGCGCUGGAGCAUUGUUGGAUCUCACACUGAGCGGGAAAUGAAGAUGCUUACUUCCAGAACAUUGCAUGAAAUAGAAACCAAAGCUGUUACGAGGAAGAACAAAUCUCGCCGACGUGCGUACGAACCGGGCGAUGUUGGAGGAAUGAGAAUGGUACAAGUGCAGAUACCCCAAUCAAACAAGAAUGCGACCAAUAACGCGCCUACUACCAUCACCCCGAAGGACGACCAUCACACGUGGGACGAUCACAGCGGCAACGAUAAUGUGGGGCACGACAAACUGGAGGGCAUCCCAUAAGCUGCACUGUUUUUAUCUUAGCCAUUUUCCAUAAUACCAGUUCUCUUGCAUUUAAAAACAUCAAUUUAAAACACACAGAGCGUUUUUAAAUCGUUUGUAAAUCGACAUACGAAAGCAGGUUUCCAAAAUGGGGUUUCGCUUGAACGACGAUUUUGAAUUUCCACCUCCGAAGCUGUCAACGGGUAAGCUGUCAAAACACAAUCAACCCGAACUGUCACCGUACGAGGCGCGCUGUCACAACAAACCCUCCGAAUAAUAAACAUAACAAAACACGUGCGCGCGGUGUGUGGUUUCCUCCCUGGCUGCAUGUAGGAAUUUGCACUAAACACGUAAAAAAUGGUCACAGAUAAAGCGGACGGGGCGUGCCAGCUGCACGAUGUGAGGUUUUACAACUUACUGCCCCGUGCCAUCGUUUGCUCAUCGUUCGGACAGUCGUCGCGGAAGCUAGCACUGGCCAGGGACGAUGGCACGAUCGAGGUGUGGAACAUGGCGUACGCGCCCUUUCUGGAGAAAACGAUUCCCGGCGGCGAGGGUGUCUCGAUCGAGGGGCUGGCCUGGGCCGGCCAGCGUCUGUUCAGCGUCAGCCUCGCCGGCACGCUGAUCGAGUGGGAUCUGAGCAAGAUACCGUGCGUGAAGCAGUCGAUCCUGGUGACGGGCAAUGCGGCCUGGUGCGUCGACGUCAGCAAGGACGAGCGGCUGCUGGCGGUCGGCACCGAGGGCGGCUACAUCAACGUGUACCGGCUGGACAACGAGGAGCUGGCGUACGAGCGCAUCCUGGACAAGCAGGAGGGUCGCAUCGUGUGCUGCAACUUUGACUGGACGGGUAACUUCCUCGUGACCGGCUCGACCGAUGCCGUGCGCGUGUGGGACGUGCGCAAUGGGCACGCCGUGCACAAGAUGACGACCGGCCGCGCCCACAAUAAGCAGGAAACGACGGUGUGGGCGGUGCUGGUGCUGAAGGACUUCACCAUCCUGUCGGCCGAUUCGCGCGGCAAGCUGGUCGUGUACGACGGGCAGAUGGGCACGGUGCUGGAGCAGCACCUGGUCUCGACCGCCGAUCUGCUCUGCCUGGCGCUGAACGAGGAGAAGAACAUCGUGUUUGUGGGCGGCGUGGAACCGAUCAUACGCGUGUUCGACCGGGCGGACAGUGGUGGCAGCGUGCGGACGGAUAAACUGUUCGUCCGGUCGCACAACCGGCGCGGCCACACGCACGACAUCAAAACGUUGGCCACCUACGGGCGGUACCUGUUCUCCGGCGGCAUCGAUGGGUCGCUGCUCGUCACGUCCUCGCCACCGUUCACGCUCGAUACGCACUUUCCGCUGCUGCCGGGGCCGGCCUCCAUGGUGGCGGCCGACAGCCGGCUGGUGCUGCUGAAGUACGUCAACUAUCUGGAGGUUUGGACGCUCGGGCCGGCCAACGCACCGGCGCCGGCCCUCGGCGGCAACAAGGUGCUGCAGAUACGCAGCAAAAACGACGGCCAAAUACUGGCCGCCGCCAUCGCACCGAACGGUCGCUGGAUCGUGUACUCGACCGAGCACAUUGUCCGGUUGCUGCGGUACGACUACAACCGCAAGGAGCCAGUCAAUUCGCGCCUGGUGCGGGUGCGCAACACGCCCGAACAUUUCGCCGUCUGCUAUCGGGCACAGUUUACGGCCGACUCCAAGGGCCUGUUCCUGUACGAUCGUACCGGCGGUGGUACGAUCAACUUCUUCAGCUGUACCGCCGCCGACGACAGCGAAGAAUGGGACCACAAGCAAUCGAUCGAUGCCGGCCGGUGGCUGUCCGAGAUGGUCACCCUGUCGGCCGUGUCCCAGUGCAGCCGGUACCUGGUGUGUGCCGAUCUGGCCAGCUCGAUCGUCGUGUUCGAGCGGACGGCGGCCAAGUGGAAGCGUUCGAUUUCGCUCCCCCGCUACAAGCUACCACCGACGGCCCUUGCCCUCCAGCCGGGCAGGACACGCGUAGCGGUGGCCUUCUCCGACCACAAACUGUUCGUGUACGAUUUCGACCAGUUUACGUUCGUGUUUUCGACGUACCUGCGGCUGCCGGCCGGCACAGACCCGAACCAUCCGAUCAGUGGGAUUGCGUUCGAUCCACGCCACGAAUGGGCCAUGGUGCUGCAGAACGGUUCGAAGAUAGUGACACUUCGCUUCGGGCCGGACAUUGAGGAGGAGGUGCUGCAGCAGGAGGAAAACAGUCGGGCCAAGAAAUGGCGCCCGGUCGCGAACGGCGGCGAGCAGCAGGACGGCGAGGGCAGUCUAACGAAGUGCAAGCUGCGCAUGGUACGCGACGCACCGCGGCUGGUAUCGAUCGAGUGGCUAGGCGAGAGCGAGCUGGUAGCGAUCCAGGCCAAUGCGCUUUCGAUGGUCGAACAUUUGCCGGCUGCGUUCCGCAUCAAGCGGUACGGUAAGACGUAAAUCUGACUGCGUGUACGGAACUGGGGGGGAAAACAAGCAUUACAAUAAAACCUCUUCUACAUGAAA